AUGCCGAACUCGUCGAGAAAACCUUUACGACCUUUCCAUUCGUUAGUUAAGAAGUUAGGUGUUGAAGUUGAGAAGUUGAAGUUAAGUAUUAAGGUUAAGAAGUUAAGUGUUGAAGUUAAAGUUAAGAAGUUAAGUGUUAAGGUUAAGAAGUUGAAGUUGAGUGUUAAGGUUGAGGUUAAGAAGUUAGGUAUUGAAGUUGAGGUUGAGAAGUUGAAUAAAAAUAAAUGCUGCACAGAAAGAAUUAACGUACUUAAGGCUGCUAUACGUAACUUACCUGCUACACGUAACCCACGUAAGGCUGCUAUACGUAACCUACGUAAAGCUGCUACACUUAACGUACUUAAGGCUGCUACACGUAACUUACGUAAGGCUGCCACACCUAAGGUACUUAAGGCUGCUAUACGUAACCUACGUAAGGCUGCCAUACGUAACUUUACGGGCUAUAUAGCUUUACGAAUAACUUAA